AUGCUGAUGUACUGGUGGCUGGCAGUCAUGGCCAACAUUGCGCUUGUGGAUCUCUUGAUGGUGACCGUGCAGCCCAUUUGCUGGUGCGUGAUCGUGGUGCUGGUCUAUGCUGGCCCUGCAGUAUGCAGAUAUGGCUGGGGCAUUCUGCAGGAAGUCCCAGUCACCGCCUGCAUGGGAGGUCUCCACCUGUUGCACAUCCAGUAUGCGAGGGGCCUACGCCGGCUAGGAAUUCUAGCCCUGGCCUUGCGGCCUUUCUUGCUCUUCGGCAUCUCCCAGUGGGUGACCUGGGGAGAGUGGCAGUGGCGGCCGAAUUCUUGGAAUGCCCAGCAUUGGAGCAACUCGGUGCCUUCUGCCUUCAACGUGUCCUGUCCUCAGUGGAUGAUGGCACCCUCGUUUCUCUGCAACGAGAAGGGGGGUGAAGUCUUAUAUGGGACCUGGCCGCUACUUCCGGGAGUACCGCCAGUCUUCGAGGCCCAGCUUUCGGAUGACUACCUCGCCUACGUCGAUGCCCUUGCGCAUUCCUACGCCUCGGACAGCCAGGAGGUGCUGGCUAAGACUGGGUAUGGAAAAGCAGUCCGCAUGAUUCUGAAAGAUGGGAUCCUGGAGGCAACGUUGCAGCAGCCUCUCAGUCGGGCUGCAGCCAUGAAUGUGCUGCUGUUCACCAUCCUGCUGGCAAGUCUCGCCUGGGGCAUCCUUCUACUUGUGCUACUUCUGGCCUGCUGGGGACGGGUGCUCCACAGCAAGGGGCCAUCCAAGGUUGCCGCCCUGGCCGCAGAGAUAGACGCAGUGACGCACUCAGCAGGCACCAUCGAAGAAAAGCGAAAGCAGCUGAAGAGCCUUCGAAUGGAGGGAGCUUCUUUCGUUGCUCCUUUUCUUCGCUUCUCGAGCAUUUAUGUGAAAGCCUUUAUGAUCUUCUUGGCCGCCAGCCUCAACAUGUACCAAUGGGCGGUACUCAUGGGAAAUGAGGACUACAGCUUCGCGGCGGUGGUGCUCUUCUUCGAGCUCUUGCUCCUGCACAUGAUUUUUACAGGCGCCUCCGCCCCGGGCGGCCCGCUGCUGGAGAUCCAUCAAGCGGCAGAGCUUGGGGCCCCAACUGCUUGGUUUUGCCAUCUCAUGGACCACAAGAGAGGUAUCACGGACGUGGCGUUGUUUUUGUUGAAUAUCUACAAGGUCCCCUUCUCCUCUCACAGUGGCUCCACUGCGUGGCCUGGGGUUGCUAGCAUCUUUAUGAGCAGCUACUUUAUAGCGGGCUAUCUGCUGGAAAAGUUGGAUUGCUGCACCGUGGAUGGUGAAGUCGACUGGAGUGACACAAGUGAGAGCAGUGGCGACUCCUCCAGUGAGGAUGCUGCCUGGUUGAAGAAAGUGUCUCCACUACUUGCCUCCGAUUGA